UGCUGGGCGGCCAUCUCGGGGGGCGAGGCGACGUAGAUGCUUCUUUCGAGGAUGCAGAAAGAAGAGAUCAGUGUGACACUGGGACUCUGGUGGAGCAGAACUCUUUUCAUUUCUCAGUCUCUCUCCCUCCACUAUCUCUCCAUCCAUCGCAUCUCAUCUGCACCUCGUCAGUUCUUCGAAUCACUUGGUGACUGCAACACAACGCUCUCGGUGAAACCACUGUAUCAUCAUCAUCGCCAUGUGCAUCGGGAGGCCAUAGCACUCACGAGGACUACCACAACCACCAUGCGACCCGCCAUGGGUGUGGUUCUCUUCGCCCUGCUCGCCCACGCUUCCAACACCACGCGGACGCCGCAGCAUCACCACCACCUCACCCACAACCGGAGCAGACAGGACGAAGAGGACAUCGACCAGGGUGGAGGAGGACACGACAAGCCAACAAAGUACCAUUACUACCCCCACAAUCAGCAUCUCUACCUUCUCCCAGAAUGCGCGACGCAACAGGUCUGCUCCGCCGUGUAUUUGCGGCUCAACUAUUCACAACCGUUGUGUGCUUGCCCGUCAGGGGCGAAACCGUGUUCUGUCUCCACUCGGACGGAUGAUCGUCACACGAUCCCCCUCGUGACAGGGACGAGUUCCCAGGUGCUCACUUUGGUCAAGACGUGUGAAGCUAGCGGAGAGGUGAGGGAAUGCAACAAGGCGAAAGAUUGGUCAAUCCUUGCCCUCCAAAACUCAAGGACCGGAAAAGCCCACUACUUGGUCAUCUGUAGAUGUCCAGCGCCAGGAUAUUUGGAGGGACCCGUUGCCCACUCUCAACCCGCGUAUGCUCGCGUCCCCGGGAUUCGCGUGUAUGGGAUGACCUGCAUCCGGGAGCCUGAACGGAGUGGGAGGCUAGAUCCACCCUGGACGUCGCCAACGCCACCAACACACAGCCAACUGCCACGUGGAGCUCCGUGGGGUCGACUUAAAGCAUUGUUACACAACUUACUCCAACAUGUACAAUAAUAAAAUAGUGUGUGUGCCUGUGUUUAUGUGUGAAUCUCUCUAAAAA